AGCAAAGAGCGCAGGACAGACCAGGGUCUCCCUGGGAGCCUCUGGGGGAUGAGAAUGUUCUAGGGGGGGCUGAACUCUGGGCUAUUUGAGGGACCCUUGAAUGAAUGGAUGAACUGCUUUCUGGGCAAACGGCCACAGCCAAAGGACAGUGUGAUUUCAAGAAAGAAGUCGGGGAACACGGGUCUCCUGCACAAUCUCGAGUGGCCUGAAGUCAGGGAACCCUUGGGAAGACCUGGGCGGAGACCAGCCACAAGGUAUCACGCACGCUUGGCUCUGACAUCACACAGAGGCGCCAGGAAAGGGGAAAUGGUGUUUCCAGCUGUGUUUGGGGACUGACUGGCCAGGGACCCACAUUGGAGAGCUUUGGGCAUCGUAAUAGUGAACGAGAAUGGAGGAUGAGGAUAACAACACGUCCCUCACCUAUGAGUAUGUGUACUCUGACGAUUUCGACCCCAUCGUGGUUUUGGAGGAUUUAUCUCCCCUGGAAGGCAGGGUGGUCAGGAUCUUCCUGGUGGUGGUCUACAGCAUCAUCUGUUUCCUCGGGAUCCUGGGCAAUGGCUUGGUGAUCAUCAUUGCCACCUGCAAGAUGAAGAAGACGGUGAACACCGUCUGGUUCCUCAAUCUGGCCGUUGCGGAUUUCCUGUUCAACGUCUUCCUCCCAGUCCACAUCACCUACGCCGCCAUGGACUACCACUGGGUGUUCGGGACAGCCAUGUGCAAGAUCAGCAACUUCCUGCUCAUCCACAACAUGUACACCAGCGUCUUCCUGCUGACUGUCAUAAGCUUCGACCGCUGCAUCUCCGUGCUCCUCCCCGUCUGGUCCCAGAACCACCGCAGCGUCCGGCUGGCUUACACGGCCUGUAUGGUCGUCUGGGUCCUGGCUUUCUUCCUGAGUUCCCCAUCCCUCGUCUUCCGGGACACAGCCCAUCUGCACGGGAAAAUAUCCUGCUUUAACAACUUCAGCCUGUCCGCCACCAGCUCUUCCUCGUGGCCCACUCAUCCCCAGAUGGACCCGGUGGCCUCUGGCCGGCACGUGGCCGUGACCGUCACCCGCUUCCUCUGUGGCUUCCUGACCCCAGCGCUUACCAUCACCGCCUGCUACUUCACCAUCGUCUACAAGCUGCGGCGCAACCGCCUGGCCAAGACCAAGAAGCCCUUCAAGAUCAUCGUGACCAUCGUUGUCACCUUCUUCCUUUGCUGGUGCCCCUACCACACGCUGUACCUUCUGGAGCUCCAUCACAGCGCCAUGCCUGGCUCCGUCUUCAGCCUGGGUGUGCCCCUGGCCACUGCCAUCGCCAUUGCCAACAGCUGCAUGAAUCCCAUUCUGUACGUCUUCGUGGGUCAGGACUUCAAGAAGUUCAAGGUGGCCCUCUUCUCCCGUCUGGUCAAUGCUCUGAGUGAGGACACAGGCCACUCCUCCUAUCCCAGCCACAGAAGUUUCACCAAGAUGUCAUCCAUGAACGAGAGGGAGACCAGCAUGCUGUGAGCCUCGCCUGGAACACCGCCCCCCCCCCGCCCGUGGAUACUCCCAACCUUGGAGGCUCAAAGCUACGCCUUCUCGAGACCACAGCAAGAACAUCUUAGGCACCCACAGAUGCCCGCUGUAUUUUGCGGGGGGCUGAACUGUGUUUUGAACUGGGAAUCCAGGGCUCAGAACUCCUUUCUUCCAGGGGCACGGCAGACAGAGCAUGCCACGGUGCUCAGCCUUGGACCAGCAUCCCGUGCAUCCUGGGAGACCAGCCUUGACUGAUGCAAAGCAAAAAAAGGGAGCAUUCUCAAAAGCACUGCCAUGAACUGGGAAGGGCAUAAGAAAGAGGGGUCAGUUACCUACCUGAGUGCUUCCCAGGAAUGACACAAACACUUUUCAAGGUCCAUGCCUGGUGUGAGCAGAGGAGGUCAGAGCAAACCCAGUGUGAUGUAGGUCACGCCUCGCUCAUAAUCCCUCUGUCAAUAGCUGGCCGGAAAUCCUGCCACUCAAGCCUUUCCUCUGGGUUAGGGCGUGUGGAAAUGCACACACCUUCUCCAGGUUCCCUGGGAAGAGAAGGUGACUUAUG